GUGGAGGACCAGCAGCUGUCUCAACAUUCAGAAAGUGCUAAAAAGAAAAUAACACUGCCACUUUCUGCAACUUGGAUGGUCGUGAGGUCACAGGGAAGUCAGCAGCGAGCAAAAUGAAAAGUGACAGUUUGCAGGAGAAGAUGACAGGACAGGAAAACAUUUAGCUAUGGACAUCAUCUCAUGAUCGUGGGAGUCAAUAUUUCUUUUUAGGAAAUGUCUCACUUUUCCUCCACAUCACUGAGGGACUCCUGCAUGGAAAGCAGGGAAGGUGAAGGGUUAAAUUGUGGCCGGGGGAAACCUGAUGCUAAUUAAGUCUUAGGAAUGCCACAUACUGACAUUGUAGUGCAGAAUCUCUCACAGUGGGUCAGACAUGGAGAGAGCAGGCGGUAGGGCUGCGUGUGUCUAAUGUUUUAUUUUUUACUGAGACGUUCAAGCCAGUCUCACCGAACUCUGGAUCUGAAGAGAGACAACUAACGCAGAAGCAACAAUGGUUUUAGUAACACCUGUGUUGUUGUUGCUGCUGCUCUCUUGGAUAUCGACGCAAACUGUCGCAGAGGUCUGCCGGGGGACGCACUGCUACGGCGCGGAAACCAGCGAUCCAAUACCGUGCGUCGGAGCGCACUGUCCGGGGGGCAGAACCUCCAGACCGCCGCGGCACCAUCACCCGAGAGUGGCGCAUAUAGUGGCUGGCCAACACCAUGCGUACCCGGGCUCUCCAAGAGCAGUCUCAGAGGGGUAUCCGCCUGUGCAGCCACUUCGCGUGCGGCACACUGACAGCAGCAGUGGCACGCGGAUAAGAGCGCCUGAAGUUUUACCUGCAGGAUGCACGGAUGCGGACUGCGCCGCUCUUGUGAAACAAUUUCAGCCCACCACCAAUGACACCCGAGAAUGUAAAGGGAUCGAGUGCAGACUGCCGCUGAGGAUACGGCCAAAAGCCCGAGCGAAGUCAUGUGUGGGAGAGGGCUGUAGUUCAGAGGAGAGCCAGCUCCCUCCUGUCCAUCUGUCCGACAGAGCCGCACAGUUUAUGGGGGAUUUUCCGGAGCUUGGAUAUCCAUCUCCGGAACUUGGCGGAGCCCCUUUGGGUGUCCAGCUCACAUGUGACAUCAAGCCAGGAGAGAAUGAAGUUCCCUCAGAAGAUGCCCUCAUCUUGCACCUCCAGCUGGCCAAAGGGCAGGAGAAGCUGGUGGAGGCCCUGCGAACCCAGCAAAUAAUCAUCCGCGACCUGCAGCAGAAACUCGCCGACCAACAAGAGGCGCUUCUGUCCCAGCAGAGGGAGAUCCUGGACCAGCAGCGGCGCAUGUAUGAGCAGAUGGAUGUGGUGAAGAACCAGUAUGGCCUCCUCUCAGAGACCGUCAAACAGGUUUCCUUCCAGGGUCUGCAGGGUGAGCUGCAGAGCUACUUCGAGAGCCACCUGGCGGGUCUGCAGAGCCAGGCCCGCAGCCACCUGCAGAAAUCCUACGCCGUGCACAAAAUGGAUCUGGACUCCAAGACGAUGGAUGUAGUCGGAGAGGCUCAUUUUCCUCAACCUCUGCUGGGAUGCCCUACUUCCUGUGGGCAGGAGGAGUUCUGUGAUUUUCAGAAGGAUCCACCAAAGUGUGAGAAGUGCACCAUGUGUCCGCCGGGCUUCUUCCUGAUCUCACAGUGUUCUCCAACUGCAGACAGGAUGUGCCAGGACAGAGAUGAAUGCCUUGAAGUACCAACCAUUUGUGGAGAGCGGGUGAAGUGUCUUAAUACUCCAGGUGGGUUCAGGUGUCUGGGAGUUUCUGAGAGAGAAGCAGUCAUGGGUUUUUGUGGUCAUGACUACUUCUACAACCAGGAGCUGCAGGAGUGCCAGGCCUGCUCCGACUGUGAUGGAGAACCUGUUUCUGUCACCUGCACCGCUGUCACUGACUCUGUCUGCGGUCAGCCCUCAGAGAGCCAACUCUCCCAGUCUUGGGGGGCCAAUGUUGGAAUUCCUCAUGCUCGAAACUCUGGCACACACAUCUUCCCAGGGCUUCAACUAAACAUCAGAAGCAAAGAGAAAAUAGAUCUGUUGUCCAAUGAGGUGGGGCAGGUGACGUUCCUGCAGCAUGGCCUGGUCUGGUUGGAUCAUAACUUUGCGAUAAAGCACAGCUGCAGGAACUUCCUUCAGUUGGGAAUGAGGCUCAAUGGGAGCCAAGAAGAGGAGGGUCGGGACCUCAGUGGUGUUCGCAUCGAACAACCGGAUAAGAAAUACUUCCAAGGUGUCAGCGUCAGCAGUGGAGUAGAGGUGGAGCCCAACCACACCUUCACCCUUCAGCUGAAGAGUCCCAAUCAACACUGCAACCAGAGCAAGGAUCUUCACGUCUAUGAUAUCACCACCAAUUCUCUCAGCUUGCUCUGGUUGUCGCACGACACUGGUGCCGUAGCGAUGACGGCUCAGAUGUCCCUGUUGACGCACUACCAAACCAGCUACCGCCCGACGUUCCGCAUUACCUCAGUCUCCGACCCGUACAUGGUCAUUCUAACGCACGAUAACCGCGGUGUCCGCUUCACAGAAAGCGGUGUUGUAAAGUUCGUCCUCCAGCAGGCGCUUUACUCAAUGGGCCACACCUGUAUCAGAGAGGGUUUCUCCCUGAUCGCCUACACUAACCGCAACGGGACCGGCCAGGAGGCGAUGCAAGCCUUCAAGACGGGCGUCAACUACAGGGACACCUCCAUCACCCUCUCUGGCGCUGUGAGCGUCGCCGGCGGGGACACGCUCAGCUUCGAGAUCACGUCUCCUUCCCAGUGCAACAUCCGCUACUUUGGGGACAGCACCGGGAUCAGUAUGCUGAGUCUUAUCUGGAUUCCUUCAGCAGUGUCUUCAGCCCUGACCGCUACCGUGUCCAAGACCGGUCUGCCCUCCGGAGCGGUCAGGAACAAGCAGCUGUCCUUCCAGCAGAUCAGCCCGGACACGCCCCAGGUUCAUUUGUCUCGCCAAGGGGAGCCGAACAGCAGGAAGAACUUUGUCUUCCAUGAGAAAGGGACGGCGAACAUUGCCCUCAAUCUAAAGCUGAUUCACUCCUGCAAUAUUGUCAAACUCACUAUGCAGAAGGCUUUGGGUCCGGGGGGGACGGCAGCUCCUGUGGCCCAGCAGGUGUCUGGUUCAAUGCCUGAAGGGAGCGAGUGGGCCAGUAUCGGGCUGAGGGCCUCAUUUCCGGUCCAGAAUGGAACAGCAGUGUAUGUGACUCUGGAUUGUAUUCGAGGACGGGUUAACCAGAUUACACACGAGGGCGGCACUAACAUUUCCAUCCUCUGGGUUGCAGUGUAAUCCAAGAAGGGAUUUUGUCAUUAAUAGAUAUUUUGAAAAAAAAGACAGUUUUGCACAAUAUUGAAUUGCAGAGCAGAUUCAAGAAUUGACCAAAUGAAGAGAGAAUACUGGUAGAUGAUAAACUACUUCAUGCAUUGUAGAUGGAAACAACAUCUAUUUAAAUAUAUGUUUAGACUUUUAUUGUGAAUUAUUGUGCUUUUUCUUGAAGUACUUCAGCUGGUUGAGCAGUGACCAAUUCUUCAUGAGAUGUGUGUGUGUGUGCGAUUGUGUGAGUGUGUGUAUGUACAAUAUGUAUGAGUGUGUUCAUACAUGUGCAGUGGUGCCUAUAUAUGUGUGUACGUGUACAAAGACAUUGGCAUGCAUAUGUUUGUCAUUUAAUAUGUAUAUCCAUACAUUCCUGCACAUAUUUAACUUGUAUGUCACUUUUUGUAUCAUAUCACUAGGAAUUUUAAGGUGGCAGAGUUACAUGAGAAGAUAGACACUAUUCUACGAUAUAAGAGUGGUCUUAUAAACUGAGUUUUUGCCAUUUUCACAAAAGAAAAUCCCUUUAAUAAUUAGUUAUUAAAAGACAAAUGCUACAUAGUAAACUCAAACAAGCAGGAGUUGGUUUUUGAUGAUUUUUCCGACUAUAUUUAUUUGCAUUUUGUAAAACGGGACUUUUGUAUUUACACUAUAGAAUACAUAUAUUUGUCGGCUACGAAAAAAAUUAAAGAUAGAUUGUGGGGUAAGGCACUGAGUAGGCAGUGUUGCUUUUUAAAUACAUGCAGUGAUAGCCUCUAUCAUGUGUUUACUUGCACACAUAGUUUAACUCAGUAUUAUGGAAUGUGCAAACAUUAUACUUUGUUAUUCUUUUGCCUAAAUGCUGUCUCCGUGUGAAGAGUUGCCCAUGCAUAUCGUUGCUAAUUGCCUCUGUGUGUGUUCUGUCCUCGAAACAAUUAGGCAUAAUUAAGUGUUUCAGGGAGUUGGCAGGGAAGCCGCCACGGAAACUCUUUAUUCUCACUCCAUUUUGUUCAGAGAAUCUUUCAUUCUGUGGUUGGGCUACCUGCAUCAAUGCAUGCAUACUUGUUCAACACUAAAUAAAAUGUACAUAUGAUUUGCCAGAAAAAAA